CUGUGGCCCCGGCCGGGGGCUGAGUUCCCGAUCGCCAUGCGGGAGGGCAGAGCCAGCCCAGGUGCGUCCAGCGGCAACGUGCGGGGAAGGUGGGAGGCCUGCCCCGAAGCCGAGGCGGCGAAGCUGCUGCCCUUCCUGGCGCCUGGCGCGCGGGCGGACCUGCAGGCCGCAGCAGUGCAGCACGUGCUGGCGCUGACCGGCGCGGAGUCGGGCCGCCAGCUGCUGGCUGGGCAGCAGGCGCUGCUGCAGGCGCUGAGUGAGCUGGCGGCGGCUCCGGCCCCUGCCCCAGCCCGCGACGCCGCCCGCGCGCUUGUGAACUUGGCUGCUGACCCCAGCCUGCACGAGCCGCUUCUGGCCGCCGACCCCGGGCUGCCGGCUCGUCUGUUGGGUCGUGCGUUGGACCCACAGUGGCCCUGGGCGGAAGAGGCGGCUGCCACGCUAGCCAACCUCAGUCGCGAGCCUGCGCCGUGUGCCGCGCUGAUGGCGGCACUGGCAGCAGUCGAGCCAGGGCAGUCGAGCUUGGAGCGGUUGGUGUGUGCACUCUGCACGCGCGGCUACAACGCGCACGCGCCCCUACAUUACCUGGGGCCGUUGCUCUCCAACCUUAGCCAGCGGCCUGCCGCACGUGCCUUCCUGCUGGACCCUGACAGGUGCGUGGUCCAGCGGCUGCUGCCCCUUAUCCAGCGUUCAGACUCCUCAGUGCGCAGGGGAGGGGUGGUAGGGACUCUGCGGAAUUGCUGCUUUGAGCACCGACACCAUGAGUGGUUGCUUGGGCCUGAAGUCGACAUUCUUCCCUUCUUGCUACUGCCUCUGGCUGGGCCUGAGGAUUUCUCGGAGGAAGAGAUGAACCGGUUGCCUGUUGACCUGCAGUACCUGCCGCCAGAGAAGCAGCGUGAACCUGAUGCUGACAUCCGCAAGAUGCUCAUUGAAGCCAUCAUGCUGCUGACAGCCACUGCACCUGGGCGGCAGCAGGUGCGGGACCAGGGAACCUACCUGAUCCUUCGAGAGCUGCAUAGCUGGGAACCAGAGCCUGAUGUGCGGUUGGCUUGUGAAAAGCUCAUCCAGGUGCUAAUUGGAGAUGAGCCAGAAUGUGGCAUGGAAAACCUGCUGGAGGUGCAGGUGCCUGAGGAUGUGGAACGACAGCUGCAGCAGCUGGACCGGGAGCAGCAGCAGCUGGCCCAAGAGUCAAGGGUGGAAGGGACUGCACCUACCUGAGGUCCCUUCAGCAUGGGAGUCCAGAGCCACCUUUGCCAGACCUGCUAGACCAGACCUGCCUACAGACCUUCAAAUCCCCUGUGCCCGCUGAGAAGCAGAGCUAUACUUAGGCUAGAGUGAAUGCUCAGUAAAUGUUGGAGGGUUGAGGACACUUCCCAACCCUAUGUCUCCUGUUGAUACCAAUAAGAAUAAAGGUUGAGCCAAAGCCCA